AUGCCGGAACAAAUUCUCGACGACAUAUCGCAUCGGCGGUAUAAUCCAUUGCGGGGUACUUGGUUGCUGGUCUCCCCUCAUCGCACCAAGAGACCAUGGCAAGGCCAACAAGAGUCGGCAUCUAAGAUUACUCUGCCUGAUUACGACCCUGCGUGCUAUCUCUGUCCGGGAAACAAGCGCGCUCAAGGCGACACGAAUCCCAAAUACACGAACACCUUUGUUUUCGUCAAUGACUACAGCGCGGUGAAGGAGGACCAAGCGGAAUACAAGCCCGAAGAGAACACGAAAGACCUCUCCAGUCUGCUCCUCCGCGCAGAAUCGGUAACGGGAAAAUGCUAUGUCCUUACAUUUGCGCCGAACCAUAAUCUCACACUUGCCGACCUCUCCCCAAAAGAAAUUCUCCCUGUCGUCCAAGCAUGGACCGAAAUAUACAAGGCUCAUUUGUCUCCAGACUCCCCGCUUGCGAAAGUGUCCCUACCAACAAAACUCGAGCCCAUUGGACUUUCUCUUGCGGCCCCGAAUGCGCAAUACAGAUGGAUGCAGAUAUUUGAAAACAAAGGCGCUGCCAUGGGAUGCUCGAAUCCUCACCCACACGGUCAAGUUUGGACUUCUACAGGUUUGCCCGACGAAGCAGCCCAAGAGCUAGUGCAGCAAAAGAAAUACAGGCAUGAACACGGGGGAUGUUCGUUGCUGGGGGACUAUGCCAAGUUGGAAAUGGAGAAGGAGGAGAGGAUUGUGUUCCAAAAUGCGACAUUCUUGGUCGUUUGCCCUUGGUGGGCAACUUGGCCAUUCGAGGUUAUGAUUAUCAGCAAGCAGCACAAGCGCGCUUUGGUUGAUUUUGACGACGAGGAAAAACAGGACUUUGCGGAAGCUAUUGCAGAGGUGACGAGACGUUACGACAAUUUGUUUGAGACCAGCUUCCCAUACAGCUCCGGAAUUCACCAAGCCCCCCUGGAGGGCACUGACGAGGAAAUUGAAGCAUCGCACUUCCACAUGCACUUUUACCCACCGCUACUUCGAAGUGCGACGGUGAGAAAGUUCCUGGUCGGGUAUGAGUUGAUGGCGGAACCGCAGAGAGAUAUCACCCCCGAACAAGCGGCGGCAAGACUGCGAGACUGCGGAGGCACACUAUACAGGAAGCUGUUGCAAUAG